AUGUCCUAUAAACCAAGCAUUUGCACUGUAUCCCUUGGACGAUGUUCUGCGGGCCACUCCCUUGAACAUAAGCUUGACAUGGCGAAGAAAUACGGAUUCCAAGCUAUCGAACUGUUUUUCGAAGACCUCGUGGCUUUGACACAAUCGAUGCCGGGAGGGAACAAGCCGAGCAAUCAGCUUGCCGCUGCGGCUAUGAUCCGCCAACUUUGUGAUGACCGCCAACUCUCGAUAUUAUGUCUGCAGCCCUUUAUGCACUAUGAGGGCCUGGUAGACAGAGAAGCUCAUCAGCAAAGGUUGAAGGAGGCGAAGCUUUGGGUGCAUCUAGCACAUAUUCUUGGAACUGACUUGAUCUUACUGCCGAGUAGCUUCCUGUCUCCUUCAGAAGUCUCGUCAGAUAUGGAUACUAUUGUCCAUGAUAUGAUUGAGAUUGCUGAAAUUGGCCUCAAGGCCACGCCGACCAUCAGAUACGCAUAUGAGGCUUUGUGUUGGGGCACACGAGUGGACACAUGGGAGUCUAGUUGGGAUAUUGUGCAAAGAGUCAACAGGCCUAAUUUUGGCCUAUGCCUCGACACUUUUAACAUUGCCGGUCGAAUCUAUGCAGACCCAUAUCUAUCGUCCGGCAGAACGGAGAACUGCGACGAGGCGAUUGAGGCAUCUCUGCAUAAUAUGGCCGCAUACGUCAAUCCGCAAAAGCUGUUCCUCGUCCAAAUGGCAGACGCAGAGAAACUAGCCCAGCCACUUGAUCGCAAUCAUCUAUUCUACAAUGAAGAACAGCCACCUCGGAUGAGCUGGUCUCGGAAUGCUAGGUUAUUUUACGGAGAGACUCACCAUGGCGGAUAUCUACCUAUCAAACGAAUCUUGGACGUUAUUGUUCGUGAGGUCGGAUACCAAGGCUGGUUGAGCUUUGAAGUAUUUAAUAGAUUUCUGCUAGAUACUGAUGAUGGAGUGCCGGAAAUGAUGGCAAGCAGAGCAGCACAGUCAUGGAGACGGAUGAAGCGCGACCUGGGACUUGAUCGGUCAAUCGAGGAACAUAAGACUCAAGCUUUAUUGUGA